AUGCCAGACAUCAAUCGCGCACCGGAGGUUAUCCUGGAUAUGACAUGGGAUUACAAGGUUGAUAUCUGGAAACAUCGGGGUGGUGACCAGAUCUGGGAUCUGUUUGAACAUAGCCAUCUGUUCCGAGCUCGGACCCCCGAUGGUCAACUGGAUGAUUCAUAUCAUCUAGCAGAGAUGAAAGCAAUCUUGGGAGAUCCGCCGCCUGAGUUUCUUGCGAGUGAAAAAAAGUCCCCGGUUCUGGGAUAA